UGUGUAUCAAACCACAGGCGGCGUCCGGCUACCGACGAGCACGGGAGCGCAGACUGCUUCUGCUUCCGAAGAUUCCACCUCAGGAGGGGCAACCACUUCUGCAACAGAACUGGUUCUCCUGCCCUUCGUCGUGCCGCUAGUCCAGCCAGGUUGCGUUUACACAACUCUCAACGACCCGGUUGUGCCAGCUACUUCUAGUACCUCUGGUACGAAUCCAGGAACUACAAGCGCCGGGGUGGGGGUGACCUAUCUUCGUGGGACCGAACCGUUGAAGACGCUUUUUCAACUGCAGAAUGACUCCCUGCGGUUGCUAGACUUGGAGAUAAAGACGAAUCAGAACGCAACCGAUUCCACCUCAUCUAACGUACUAGAGCAUCAACUGCGUGACGGAUCAGACAGCGCCUUUGCAAAUGGGUAUUGGAAUUGCGAGGACUACGCCAGGCAGCAGUACUUAACGGACGCGAAAACCUCCGAAGCUGCCGCAGCGAGUCCUUUCGUUGCGCUCGCCAGUGGAAUGACGACCGGAACCACAACAGACACGACAGCAGGGAGCACAGUUUCAAUAACACAAAGGGUUCUAACAUCACACCCCGGCGCAUCUGCUCUUGACACAACAGCAGACAUCGCAGCGGCGACAAAAAACGUCGUCAAGAGUGCUUGCCGCUGUCCUGAGGGGUUUUACAAUGCGACGGGCUCGUUGGUCGUGGAGAACGCACCCAGUAGCCAAGGCGUGAUCCCUAGUACAACUACUCUAUCCGCAAGCUCGACGUCUGGCGUUAAUAUUAAUUCCAACGCCAGCAGUAAGCUGGUCCAACUUCUCGCCACAAUCGCCGAGCAGAGUCUCGCGAACAGCUCACAGGCUUACGCUGUCUCAGAAGCCGUUGACGCGGCCAGUGACGAUGACGUUUUUGGCUGGACCUGGGCGGAUAGCUCGGUCUCCUCUGUGGUGCAGAAGUUGCUGCAGGCAGAAAUUGCAGCGUUGAAUGUGACAACGAAUGAAACCAUAACCAACUCAACUUCUUCUGCAUCAAAUAACGCAACUUCCAACAAUACCUCCACUUCGGCAACAACUUUCACCGUGCGUUUAAACGGGGCGAAAAGUAGCGUUGUUGCUGGUGUUGCUUCUGGACCAAACAAAGUCCCGGGCACGACAAACCCGUUUCUGCGGCAAAUCCAAGAAAAUCUGGCGAGGGGGGUAUAUCACGAGUACGUGAAUUCUCUAGCGGAGUUGCCGCAAGACUACACUUUUGUCGGAGGAGGUACAACAGGUACAGCGACUGGAACUACAGCGGUACUAGCGACGAACGGGAAAAACAGUUCUGCUUAUCCCUAUUCCUACUCGGCGAAAGACCUGCUUCUACCGCACGAUAUCAACACAACGAACAUGACAGCAGGAUCUGGUGCUCCUGCAACUGCAACUUCCUCGUCCGUCGUCGAUUCAACAGCCAACAGCUCCUCCACCCCCUCCGUCGACCUCUGCCUCCCGUGCGCGUACGGUUCCUGGUCUGACCCCUUGACGAGUUUCAUAUGGGAUUGUUAAACUUUACAUUCUCAACUACAGUUACAUGAGAUGCAAAGUUGUCACUUCUACAUUACCAAGCGCAAGCUGCUACUUCGCAUGACAAGUGCAUCUCGACGCGAUGGAUAGCAUUAGAAUCUGCGUCAAACCUGUAUAUGCAAAAGGCGCAAUCUUCUUCCCCUUUGUUUUUACUUUUGCCAUUAGUAUUAUUGCAUUUAACAGUUGAGAGUGUGAGAACGCCUGAGAGCGUCAUAUUUCACAUCGUGCGUGUGUAAAAACACGUUUUACUCGCCAUCUCCUGCUGCCGUCAGAGCUGCUACAGGGAUAGCAGUAACUACCACGGCAUCACCUACAUCCGGGGAGGACACGAAUCUCUGUUAUGCGUGUCCGAACAACACCGUGACUUGGCUGAACUUGAACGUGUGGGCGGCACAGAACGGCCCUCUACGGUACCACACUAUGGAAAUGCCUCCGUACGUCACGACCGCGCCCUACCUCUUCGAUGCUGCGCUGCGAUAUGAGAGUGCACAACUCCUGUGGAGGUCGAGGUCCCCACAUAGUGUAGUUUUUGAUGCGAAAGUAGUCCAACUGCAGCACCAGAAGCAAAUAUUGCUGCGCUACCCUCAGAUCGUGUUGCCUCCUCUCACUCUUCAGCACUGCCUUGCAUUUAUUCCGGCCAAUAUUUUUGCCACAGGUCAGCGUACGAACCGGCCCACAAACGCGAAAAGCAGCUUUUUCGUUUUUUUCGUGUCAUUUUGCAGCGCGAAAGUAUCGCAAAUUUUUCAAAAUGCGCCAAAUUUUCUUUUUGAUCUUGGCAACUGGUCAAGCUGCGGAUACCGGGCUCAAACGCGAGAGGGAGCUUUUUCAUUUUUUUCCCGUCAUUUCUUAGCGCGAAAGUAUCGCUAAUUUUCGAAAAUUUACUCAUUUUCCUUUUUGGUCUUGGCAAGUUGGCAGCUUCCUCGUGGACCAAUCAGCAGCGUUGUGUGUGGAUUUGAUUUUUUAUGGAGAGGCAACACUUGUGCUUGUUCUGCUGAAGUUUUUACGGCUUCGAUUGCACCACGCCUCGCAACAACGACGGGGGACCGACAUCGAGUUGUGCACUUUGAUAAGUAAACCAUACGGGCGACGAAGGGGCAAGACGAGAGAAGCUGCCGGUGCUUGGCUUCCACCAGCCAUUACUUAAAGCAGAUCACGGAUGCAAACACGCUGGCAACACUUCAACAUCUCGAACAGCAGAGGCACAACAUACCAGGAACAGCAUCGAACACAGCCCGUAUGAGGUCCACCUCUCCGUUUUCUCCGCGCAGCUAUGUGACAAGGUCCUCAAGUACUGCCAGCGGAACAUCAACUAACUAUUACGAGUGCACCCCGUGUCCCGAAAACGCCGAGAUCCGGAGUUCGGUGUACGGCUCGAACCACUACACGUUUGAGUCCUUCAACCGGCUCCACUGCGUCUGCAAGGUGGGGUAUCUCCCCGAGUACGACGGGAGUCAAAAUUUGCUGCGGUGCAGGCUCCCGAACGACUGCAACAUUGGGGAAUUCCUGUCGCGGAGGACCGGCGCGGACGUGGAAUCGCUGCACGCGGGGACGUGCGGCUACAACUACACUUCGAAACAAAAAACCAGCAUUCUGCGGCAUGAGGACUCGUGCUCGCUGCGGUGUCUGUACCCGCGCGAGGCCGAGGACCCGAACAACUGGUUUGCGGCGGUCAGCCUGCGCGUCACGUGCGACGACGGGAAGCUGUCCGGUCCCAACGACAGCGUGCGCUGCUCGAAGACGGCGCGCAGCAUCCCCGUGGCGAUUUUUUUCACGAUUCUGAGCAUGUGCGCAGCGACGGCGGCCGUCAUGGUGCGACAGCGCAACACGAACUUGGUGAAGGUGAAGGAAAGUGCGGACCAAACAUCUUCUAGUUCCAGUGAGGAGGAGGGGGAGGACGAAACCGAGGGAAGUUCUUCAACCAGCAGUCUCAGCGAAGGUAGCGAGACCGGAGCUGUGUUGGUGGACCAGCGCUCCAGUAGCAGCAGCGUAAUGUCGGAUGUUGAGCAGUUUGGAAGAUUAAAGCCGGGGAGUCUGGAGGGGAGGAACGUUAAUAAAGGAAAGAAGAUAUUACGGACCACAGCCGAGGGAAGCGGGAGAACGGUUUGGCAGGCGUCUGUGAACGAAGUAGAAGAUGACGAGGCACGCAAUACGGUGGUGGAAUUUCUGGAUGCGAAAAGCAGUUUUAGACGUUUUGAAAAUUAUAACCGUAGACCACAAAUAAAAGGGGGUGGCGGGCCCGCUGUGCGACGAACAGACGAUGAGCAGCGAGGACUACCGCGAAACAGGAUAGUAUCUUUGGUAGGUGGGACAGAGAGUAGUUCUGCUACGCUUGAAAGCGAUGGAGCGAGAAGCUCGUCGUUUGGUGGUGAGAUGGAGGCCAGAAGUAGUUCUGGGGCUCAGCGUUUUUCCAGCGCAAAUGUUCGCAGCAGUAAGGUCGCAAGGAAUUACGGCGGAACAUAGAUUGAACAAGAGAGCGACUUUUUAUUUUUGUCCGAACGCAUAUUUUUCAUUUUCAUUUUAUGCGCAAUACGACUUCAAGUGUUCGCAUCUACGGACGAGAAGGAGCAGCAAAUAUAUGAAAGAAGCGAC